UUUUCCCUCAUUUUCCUUUUAAUCGACGGCUUUUUAAGUGGUAUAAAACUAAGUAUAAUUUUUCACUGGGUAGUGCUUAAACCCAUUCACGAAUGCAGGUUCAUUCAUAUCACUGGUCGUUUCUAGCUUCUAGUUGUACUGAUCUAUAAAUUUUUGGUGAUGGGUUUAACUUAAAACUGAUGAUAUUAAUUGGGAGUGGUUAGGAUUCAUGGUUCAAUUAUUGGGGCACGCUGGAGUCACUGUCAAAAGGGCAAUUUCUUCUGCAGAUGAAUUGUUAGAAAAGUCGUGCUCCGUAUACUUGCUCACUUCCAUUGGCUUUCUGGUGAUGCUGAUUCUACGAAUCUAGUUACGAUAGGAGAGUUUGAGUUCCAAGGUUAGAUAGUUGGGCAUAGGUCUUUCUCGUGUCUUGUAUUAUUGGCAGAACGAGAAUUUGAUUGGAAAUGCCACAGUCCUGUUUGAUAUUGCUUUUGGUGAUGGGAACAGUUGCUAUUGAGCAAUGGGCUUCCGUGGAAAGGAGAUAUAGCAUGUGAAUGUGUGUCAUUGUAAUGUGGGGUUCGGAGAAAUGGAAACUUCAAGUUUUCUAAAGUUGCUUGAAUGUACAUUCAAUUCACGUUGUUGGGGAGACUUGCUGAGGAUGGAGUUUUAAGUCAAGUUCAAUGUUUUAGCUUAUGAGUUGUGUGAUGUCAGCAUCCUUGUGAAACCUAGUGAUCCAUGGAUUUGACAUAAGGUCCAAUACCAAAUGCUCCACGCCUCCUUGAUAACAUAACAUUCAUUUACCUAAGGUUCCUUUUGGCAGCCAGUCCCUUUGCAGGCUUAUGGGCUGCACAUAUAUGCCACAUGAUGAAAUUAAGCUUUGGAAGGUAGUUGUAGCUGUGCAGGGUGGCAAAAUGAAUUUUUAUGGUGAUUAUUGAUUUUUAAGAUGAGAGACCAUCUUCGCAUUAGUGGAUUAUUAUGAUUCUUUUUUUUUUUUCUUUUUUUUUUGGGAAUUUUGAUAUCCCUAACCACUCUCCAUAGUUUAGGCAUCGUAUUUAGUUUCUUUGGGAUAUAUGAAGCUGGUGGUUGGUUCUAGGAAGGACCAUAUGAAUAUUUCCAAGGAAAAGUACGUAUCUGUUAGGUAGUGUGGAAACUAUUUCAUUGGAUCAGGUCAAAGCUGAUUGUUUAAACUUUAAAGCAUCCAUGGAGGUCAUGGCCCAAGAACCUUUACAAUUAAAAAAAAAAAAAAAAAAAAAAGGUGAAACAUUGACAUGGGCAGCUAGCGUAACCAGUCUGAUUUCAUAUUUGUUUGCUUAUUGGAAUUUGGAGCUAUUGCAGAAAAUUCUUUUUGAGUCCACAUCCAGGUUGAGAAAGGUGCAUUACUUGCACACUCUUGGCUGUGAUAACCACAUUCAAGUAUAUAUAAGCCUGUUCAAUACUGAGACGUUCAGCAUAUCUUUAUACUGAGAAAAUUGUGGAGGAUUUUGAUAUUGAAGCAAGACCUUGAAAUAAAUUAUGUAUCAUGCUCAACUUUCCUUGUGCAUUAGCAUGCCUUAUUCAAUUUCUCUGCAACCUCAAAUGAUUCAGACCAACUUGGCGCCUCAAAAUGGGAGGAGAGUUGGUCAUGGCACAAAAGUCCCACGCAAUAUCAAUAUGGAGCGUCUGCGAAAUGGAUAUUUGUUUUCUGAGAUAUGCAGACGUGAGCUUGAACACACUCAGAAGUACCCACAUGCAAAGUUGAUAAAACUUGGAAUUGGUGAUACGACAGAGCCUAUACCGGACAUUAUUACAUCAGCUAUGGCUGAGCAUGCACAUGCUUUAUCAACUAUUAGAGGUUAUAGAGGGUAUGGAGCUGAGCAAGGCAACAUGGAAUUAAGGAAUGCAAUUGCACAAACAUUCUACAGAGAUAUGGGUAUCAAAGCAAAUGAGGUUUUUGUAUCAGAUGGGGCGCAAUGUGAUAUUUCUCGUAUCCAGAUGCUUCUGGGAUCCAAUGUAACAGUGGCUGUGCAGGAUCCAUCUUUUCCGGCAUAUAUGGAUUCCAGUGUUAUAAUUGGUCAAUCUGGAAACUUCAAAGAGGAGACCGGAAAGUAUGAGAACAUUUUGUACAUGAACUGUGGACCUGAGAGUAAUUUUUUUCCAGACCUGUCAAAUACUCCAAGGACAGAUAUAAUUUUCUUAUGCUCUCCAAACAAUCCAACUGGUCAUGCUGCAUCCCGGCAGCAAUUGGAGCAACUGGUGGAGUUUGCAAAAGCAAAUGGGUCAAUUAUCAUACACGAUUCUGCAUAUGCUGCUUAUAUAACAGAUGAGAGCCCAAGAUCAAUCUUUGAAAUUCCUGGUGGCAGAGAGGUUGCAAUUGAAAUAUCAUCGUUCUCCAAAUUUGCUGGGUUCACGGGUGUUCGCCUUGGUUGGACAGUGGUUCCUGAAGAGCUGUUAUAUUCAAAUGGGUUUCCAGUCAUAAAGGACUAUAAUCGCAUUGUGUGCACCUGUUUCAAUGGUGCAUCCAGCAUAGCUCAGGCUGGUGGUCUAGCAUGCCUUUCCUCAGAUGGUUACCUGGCCAUGAACGCAGUCCUUGAUUACUACAAGGAGAAUGCCAAAAUAAUCAUCGACACAUUUACAUCACUUGGAUUGAAGGUAUAUGGGGGCAAAAAUGCACCAUACAUGUGGGUUCAUUUUCCAGGCUUAAGAUCUUGGGAUGUAUUCAAUGAGAUUCUGGAGAAAACGCACAUAAUAACUGUUCCUGGAAGGGGAUUUGGUCCUGGUGGUGAAGGGUACAUUAGAGUGAGCGCAUUUGGGCAGAGAGAGUCUGUAAUUGAAGCUUCAAGGAGGCUGAAAAAUCUUUUGAAAUAAAGUUAUUCUGCAGUUGUCUUUACAUCAAAUUGAAAUCUUGAGUUUGGCCAGUUCAAAUUGAAUUGCUACUCUUUUCUUUGGAGGGCUGGAAAAACCGUGCAUGUAUGGAGUCUCAAAUGAUUUCCAAUCGCUUGAGAACUUUGGCAUAUUGAAUAAAAUGGAAUUUUCAGAGACUUGAUAUAUUCAUACUCUAAUACAGUGUAGGAAUGACUUGACACGCACAAUUGUGGAAUUGCUUAAAAGGACUGUAAUUUUAUCUAUUAGGUUCUCUGAGAAAGGGUUUGAAAAGCAUACCUGAUCAAUCAUACCUUGUCAUCUGAAGAAUAUUUUCCAUAAACAUCUGCUUAUGAUGUGGCAUGGAGUUGAGAACAGGGCGACACUCUUCGCAGCUCUGGUGAUUAGGUGGUGUACAAGCCCCCGGUCAAAGAUUGGUUGGUGGGGAGAAGGUGGGUGAGAAAGCGGCCGGCAGAGGGUUGUGGACAGUUAUCAGAUAAGCCUUAAUAUAUAUAUACAGAUUUAUUCUUUGUUGAAACUUUUUAGGAUGUACCGACAAAAGUGUAAGUAAAAGCAAAAGCAAAAUCUGCAAACCAGAAAAAGGCGAUCAUCACGAGAGGAGGGCUCUCACGAGUAGGCCACCGUGCGGACGCGUAGGCUUAGCAUCUCCAUGGUCAAGCCACCGCCACCACCGGGCCCACCACAACUGCAUCGCUGUUCAAACUUGCUGUGCUAGCCGUCCAUAAGCCCAUCUAUAUAUUCACCUUCCAAUUCUCGUGGCUGCCUCAGUGAUCUAGACGGUAGCUCCAAUUCACCCUACUCCGCAACUUAAUUAGCGACGCCGUAGCACAACAAACGCACCUCCUUGUAAUUCUGGGCCAUGGCAACUGCGGGAGGCAUGCUAGCUGAAGCUUACGUGAUGAGAAAGCUUCACAGGGAGAAGAUGAAGGCAAAAGCUCAAGAUGAAGAACCUGAAACAGGGAGCCUUGUUGCUCAGCAAACCAAAACUUCCUCCACUGGUGCUUGUUUCUUGGGGAUAUGCUUGAGGAAGAAGGUCCAUCCCAAUUUUGAUGGAAAACGAACAAGCCCCUGUGAUUCUGGGAUCAUCUAAGGCAGCCCAUUGCAUCUGCAGUGUCUCUGUUAUUUCCUCUGUAACAUUCAUCAUAUUCGUGCCUUCUUUUUCUUCUCUGUUGGUUUCAUUCGUUUGUAAUCAAAAUUAAUUCAGUUUGUUUCAAAAUACCACAUUAUUCUUUUCA